AUGGAGGAACAAGAGGAAUACGGUGAUGAUCUGAUGGAACAGUUACAAAAGCUGUAUCCAGACUAUGGCAACUUGGAACCGGACAAUAUAUUGUCAGAGUUAGAGUUUCUGUGUUACGAGCUAACUGAAGCUAACACCCCCGACGAAGAAUACGACAUCAACAGGGAGAUAGGAUACGCGACGGAAGUGAGGAGGAGAAAACUUCUCCAGGGAACAAAGCAGGAGACAGUGCCAGAACAGAAAGAGGACACCAACCCGGAGGAUAUACCAUUACCUAAUGAAACAAGGGAAGAAUUGGAGGAAAUGUUCCCAGGUCUGUCAGAACUUUCCUAUGACGUCCUCAUGGAUGAAGGUGAUAGAACACUUUCGAAACUGCUCAACCCGAAUGAGCCAGACACAUCAGUUGAUACGAACUCUAAAAAGCUGAGCUAUAUAAGAAUGCUAACAAAUGAAUACCAAAGGAAGUCAAGGUUGAGUGACUUACUUAACUUGAGAGACAGAGUAACAAAAAGGAAACUCAUCACACGUGAAGAUGAAAGACGAUUCACAAGAUUCAAGAGGUGGGCAAGGGAGAACGCAGGUGUUCUGUCAACACUACUCAUUGCCUCUGCAGGUGUGAUCACAAGCAUGGUAAUAGUGCUCAGAAAAGUGCUAUGGAGCUUGAGUGAUUCAUCGCGACGUACAGACAGGAAGUUGAACGAACUUGAAACGAGAAUACCACCAGUCUUUGAAAAGGUGGCAAACGGGUUGGAAUGGUUGUCAGAUAAUGUGUAG